UUUUAUUCUAUCGGUUGGUGUAUACAAACAAUCUCCCAUCGAACAGAGAUAAAGACAGGGGUCACCCCGUAUCUACGUCUGACGACACAGGUAUUUGGUAACACCGGAAGUGAAGUUUCACGGAAGUCUUAUGGACGUUUUACUUUUUAUUUUGAUUUUUUGCCUUUCCUUCGUAGAUGUGGCGAAUUCAGAUUGCAGAUGUCGUAAACUUUUUGAAUGCCAGGCCUUAACAGGAGCAAAAACGAGAUGCUUUUUUGGCUGCCAGCCAGGAUGGUCAGGCAUCUCCUGUGAUAACAAGACCGAUAUAACUAUGGCAUCACGUUGCCAUUGCUACUACGAAUUUGAUUGCAAUCAUGGCGGAGGAUAUUGUACACGAUGUCUGAGUGGCUGGACGGGCAUGCGCUGUGAGAGAAAGAUAACUCCCAUAAUCUAUAAAAACACGCACAGAAAUUCGGAAGAUGACUCCAGUGCUGUAUAUAAUAGCCUUGGUUAUAUCGCCUUAAUUAUUUUAGGCGCGACGUUUUUUUGCUGUUGCAUUGCUGCAGGAAUAAGAAGAAAAAACUCUGGUGCUUCUCCUGGGUCUAGUGCUUCUCGGUCCUCAACUGAUAUUAGCAGGGACGGUCACACGUCACGGAACAGAUCCAGCCGAAUGUGGAGAACCGCGGCCAGUGCAGAGAGCCAGAUGACCAAUCCUUCCUUAAAUUCCUUCCAUGAAAUUAACAGGGUGGACAAUGGAACAUCUCAGCACGUAUCGUUUGAACUGCAAAAUGACAUUCCGUCUCAUAUGGAACCGCCGCCAUCUUAUGAAUCAAUUAUGUCAAGGUCAAACGAAGCUUUUGAAUCAACUGAAUCUUUACCUACGUCAUCCUUAGCAUUAAACAAGGAUUCCAGUGAAGUAAUAGAAACGCCACCAGAAUAUGCAACAGUGACGUCACAAUACAACAAUAAUUUACAACCGUCUUAGUCAGAAGUACUAUCAAAUGAGUUUUCGCAGACUAAUCACGUCUAAAAACGAAAUCCUGUGUACCUUGUAAUGAAUGAUAUUAUAGUCGUAUCUUGUGAAACGCACGUUAAAACAAUAAAUAUUAUAAUAACAUAAGGACAUUAUUUUCAAUGCUUACUGAGCAAUGGCGAAAGUGGUGGAUUUCGAUUGAGCAUUGAUAUAAAGAUACUGUAUACAGGAAAAUAUUCGCCUCCGUUUCAUUUUUCUGCCCUCGUUGUCAGCGGGAGAUAUCCCAUGUCUCAGAUCAUCUCUCCGUGAGCAUGACCGUGUCCGGACUGAUUAUUACUAUUUGCAAGUGAAAAUGGACGAAAUUAACCCAGCAUACAUAAAUUAUGUACAUGUGUAGCGAGGAAAACUAUGAUAUUCAUAUACGAAAUGAUGCAUGUUUUUAUGGACGAGUCAAAAGAUGGAACAAGAUGUGUUUGUGAGUAAAUAAGGCUGCAUCAAUCUACUUGAAUGAUGACAAUCAAUUGAAACAAUUUGAUACCCAACGGUGUUGUACCUUAACAUGCAAUUACUUAAUUGCGUUGUAUUCAUCAUUGUAUCAUUGAACAAUCAUAAACUUUUGUCUUGCCUGUGAAAAAGACACAGGAUGAAGCUCUGUCAUCUAAAAUGUGUCUAAAAGGUUACUAAAUGACAUAUCUUUUACAUUCAGUAACCUUUCAAGAUUCUUUAUUCAAAGGCAGAACUUUCUCUUGUAAAACAGAUAAGCAAAUAUCAGUUAUCCACCUUUAAAAAAAAAUACAUUAGAAUGCACCAUUACCAAGUGCAUAUGCCGUGUUGGUACUUCUGAGUCUAAUGUCUGUCUAAUUUUUUAUCCUAUUUCUAUUGAUUUUUAAGCUGUAUUUUGGUUAUGUAUACAUGUACACAGAUCCUUACAUUUUCCGGUGUCUUUUUCUGCGAUAACGAAUUUUGUAAUGUAUAUUCCAAUACAUUUCAUCAAUGAUUAUUUCAAUAUUGAAUUGUACAAUUUAUGAAAAUUUUAUAAAUAUUGGUAAUAAAAAACCAUUCUUGGGAUAUUAUGAGGUGGUCAAAUUCGGUCGGGGGUAAUCAAAUCUAUCAUAAAGGCCUUUGGGCAAGAAUGAUUAAAUUUUUUUAAACAGCUGAACGAAAAAUCAAAAUAUGCACUUUUUUAUGAUACAUAAUUGUACCAAUAACUAUGUGCAUGUGGAUGUCUUGAUCACUCUGAGAUGAAAGACAGUCUAAUGUUUAGUUUUCUUCUAUUUCUAUUGAUCUAUAAACUCUAUUUUGCUCAUGUGUACACCAUUGGUGCAGUAAAACAUGUAUAACAAAUAAAAUUCAACACUAAU